GUUUCUCAGGUGAAGACAAAGCCCUAGACCUCCUCUCCGGCUCUCCCUCCCCUCUUCUCCCUUCUCUCUCUCUCUUUCUCGGGAUAGCCAAGGGAAAGGGAGAACAAAAUCACAGUACAAAAGCAGGCCACAAGGACAAGAUCUUCCUCUGGACUGGGGGAUUCUCACACCCAUAGAAACUGAACCUACUACACUGUCAUAUCACACAAGAAGAGAGCUUCAGCGUGUGAGCAAGAGCAACUCUCAGAAAAGAAACAACUAGUCAAGAGUCAAGACUGCCUGCGGCCUGCCUGCCCUCCAAGGCUCCAACUCUCCGAGGCUCCAAAGUCCAAGCUACUUCGGCGUCCCUGACUGGGCUUGUGGUCUCAGUCUCAGCCCUUCGUUGCCGCAGAGAACCCUCAGUAGUUCCGCUGCAGGUUGCUAAUUAAUUAAUCGACGAGAAGUAGGAGGGAGCGCUGAUCGUGUGUGUGCGGCAUCGCAGGAUGGGGGAUACUAGUAGUUCUAGCCAUUCAAGGCAGGAUCCUUCUCUUCUUGGCUAUGGCUUCCAUGGCGCCAUCGCCAACUCCACUCCUCCUGCAAACUUCUUUGACCAAGGAGGAGGAGGCACCUAUUUCGGAGAGCUGGAAGAAGCGUUCAUGCAUCAGGUCGCCUCGCUCAGAAGAACUCAACAGGCUGCAACCGUCUCUGCACCUCAUCAUGGAGACACCAAGCAGUGCAACAAGUAUCCAUGGCAGUACAGCAGUACCACACUACCAACUCUGCAGGCACAAGCUCAAAGGGAAUAAAGCUCAGCUCACUUUCACUGCCACAGUGGCCCCCUACUUCCCUUGUGAUCCCAAUGCAUCCUUUCAGUUUCACCUCUGGAACACGGAUACAUGUGUUGAUCUCCUCUCUCCUCCCCUAUGAUAUCUCCUUGCAGCCUUUCCCACUGCUGCUGGUGCUACAGCUGCAACGGCUACGGCUACGGCUAGGCCACCUCCUACACUGGACAUCUUCCCAGCUUGGCCUAUGAGGUCUCGUCUUCACACGCCCAAGGAGUGCUCGAAUGUGACAGCAGACAGCACAGACGACUCGGAGAGCAGCAGCAAGAACCACAGCAACCACUCCUCAGACCAGCUCGGAGCAGCAGCAGCAGCAAACAUGGCGAGCCAGUUCGAGCAAGCUUCACAGCAGCAGCUUCAGCACAAAAAUAUGGCUACAAGUUCCACUCCAAGAACUGGCAAGGCUCUUGAUCCAAAGGUAAUCAGAAGGCUGGCUCAGAAUCGUGAGGCUGCACGCAAAAGCCGGCUGCGGAAGAAGGCGUACAUUCAGCAGCUCGAGAGCUGUAAGCUGAAGCUUUCUCAGAUGGAACAGGACAUGCAGCGAGCCCGUACCCAGGGCCUCUUUCUUGGAGGAGAUCCGGGUGCAAGCACCAGUUCAGGUGCCGCCAUGUUUGACGUGGAGUACGCCCGGUGGCUGGACAACCACAGCCGGCGCCUGGCCGAGCUGAACGGAGCCCUACACGCGCACCUGGCAGACGGUGACCUCAGAGCCAUCGUCGACGACGCCCUCACCCACCACGACGAGCUGUUCCAGCUCAAGGCCAUGGCGGCCAAAUCCGACGUGUUCCACCUCAUCACUGGGGUGUGGACGACCCCCGCCGAGCGCUGCUUCCUCUGGAUGGGUGGAUUCAGGCCCUCCGAUCUGCUCAAGACACUGCUGCCCCAGCUAGAUCCACUGACAGAGCAGCAAGUGGUCGGCAUAUGCAGCCUUCAGCAGUCAUCACAGCAGGCAGAGGAAGCUCUCUCGCAGGGCUUGGAGCAGCUGCAUCAGUCGCUUGCUGACACCAUGGCCGGUGGGUCUCUGACUGACGACGCCAACAUGAGCUUCAUGAGCCAAAUGGCUCUUGCCCUCGGCAAACUGGCCAACCUUGAAGGCUUUGUGAUACAGGCCGAUAACUUGAGGCAACAGACUCUUCAUCAGAUGCACCGGAUUCUGACAGUUCGGCAGGCAGCUCGAUGUCUCUUGGCAAUUGGCGAGUACCACAACCGCCUUCGUGCCUUAAGUUCCCUCUGGGCUUCUAGACCUCGAGAGAUACUGGUGACCGAUGAAGGCAAUUGUGAGAUAAGCAUCGCAGCACAACCAUCCCAAAACCAAUUUUCAACCUUCUGACUGACACAUGUUGUGGAACUAACCCUCAGCAUAGGAGCAAGAGAAAAAUGACUGGGAAGAGAAUGACUGGGAAGAGAGAUUGUUUGGAUGCACGUAGCAGAUAUCUGAGAGCUACAGAGGAAAGCUGGGAAAUAGAAGAAGCUCUAAAACAAGGAGUGUUUCUGGAAAUUCUUUAGUUUUCAAAAAACACUUUCUGAAAAUGUGUGUACAAGAAAAUUCCAGGAAGGUGAAAUUGCUUCAUUGACUGCAGUGGGAAGGGGAAAGAGAGAAGCUAGAAUCUCAUGUCGAGUACUCCAGUACAAUGUGUUCUUUUGUCUGGUCUAAAUUCUUGUAACAGCUCUUCCUAUGAUGGAAGAAUCCAUUCAACAAUUCCACCUAUGAUUACUGGAUUGAGUAUGUUGAAUAGGUUGGUUGAGGCUAUCUAGUAAUUUUUAUGACUAUGUUUAUCCAUUAUCUAGGACUAUUUGGUUACUAUAUUAUAUAAUCUUUAUCAUAUAUA